GCUCCUUCGACUCCUUGAAAAUGGCAGACUUGCCCCAACAGUCUUUGACAUGCUAUCAAAAUGAUCCCCCAUGUUUCUAUUCACCCUCAAGCCUCAAUGAAGUUUCCUUACCGCCGAGAAGGUACAAUUGCAGUGUCUGCUCCGCGUCCUUCCGACGCCGUGAGCACUUUGAGCGUCAUCUACAAAGCCAUUCCAAGAGCAAGAACUUCAAAUGUGACACUUGCGACAAACGAUUUACGAGGAGAGAUACAUUGCAACGCCAUUCAGCAAUCCAUGGACAGGUCCCAGCGAAAGUCCGAAAGCCGUCGACAAGGGCACCUCUUGCAUGUCUGAAUUGCGUCAAAUCAAAACAGCGAUGUUCUGGAUCCCAACCAUGUGAUCGCUGCAACCAUAGAAAUUGGCCUUGCCAGUUUCCUGGGGGUUCCACUACCUUUCCGGAGACAAUCGAACAAACGAUGAUGAAUUCAAAUAAUCAAAUGAAUUCACUAAAUCAUGGUUAUAAGCCAUCCCUUGCAUCUGCUAUCUCCCCUAUGAGUACAAGUUACUCGGAUCCCAGAAGUUUAGGCAGUGUGUCUCUUCUGGAAGGGCCAUGUGCGGAGCCUGCUGUCUCAAACCAGCCCGAGCGAACAAUACAAGACGACGAUACUGCUUCUUUAUUUGAAUCAUUUCUGCUUUGGCCUCUGGAUGAUACAAUCGACCAUAACACCAUGCCAGGGGAUAGCACUCGUCCCCUGAUGAUACCUAGACCUCCAGGAAUAAUAGCACAACCGCCGUCCAUCUCACAUGGAGGUCGAACAGGGGUGAUAAAUGCCUCUCAAGUGGUUUCAGGUCAUCAUACCGAGGAUACUGGGCCUCGCUCCAGUGACCAGUCGGACGUAUACGUGCAAGGAAUAGACCUCACAGAGGAAGACCGCGACAUUUUGAUAUCUGAGGAUUACGCACACGUCCCUAGACCUUCGAAUGAAACAUAUGAAAGAAUGCGUGCUCUAUAUGCCGAAGUGCGCCAAUAUUCGGCUGAAGCUCCUCUGUCAAGUCUCCCCUCGUUGGACAUUCUUCAUGUAUUCAUACAGCUUUACUCCGAACAUUUUCAUCCGAGCUUCCCUAUUCUCCACCAAGCCACUUUCGAAGCUCGAAGUUCGUCAUGGUUGCUUUACCUGGUCAUGGCCGCUCUGGGUAGUCAGUACUCGAAACUUUCGACCCGGGCAAAAAUAGCAUCCGAUUUAGUCAAAAUUAUUCAUGUGUCCUUACUCCAAAAACUAUACUGCAUGCCGGCAAUGCAAAAUGACCUUGAGCUCGCUCAGACAACCCUUCUCUUCCACUUCACUCUCCUUUUCGGCGGAACACGGGAAGGCAUGAUGCAUUUGCAAUAUCAACGGAAUGUGCUGGUUACGAUGUGUCGUCCUCUUCUUGUUCCCGGCAUCCUUUUCGCAAAGAGCUGGGUGUUAUCUAAUGCUAGCGUAUCAGGCGAAGAUUGGAGUCAAUGGAUUAUAAAAGAGUCUUGGAAGAGGCUUGUUUACUUUACCUGGUUGAUGGAAUGCUUUCAAUUGAUAUUGUUAGAUCUUCCAGUCAUUAUAUCGAUUAGUGACCUUCAUAUAAGUAUGCCAUGUGAUGAUGACCUAUGGCGGUGUGAGAGUUUUGAGAGGUGGAAGCAGGUCAGAGCCCUGCGAAGUGAUCCCCAGGAAUGUCCCAGUGUCCUCUCCAUGCUCAAGAUGGACAUCAUGGACUAUGCGCACAUCAACCGCUUGAGCGACUUGGCGCUCUGGAUAUCAGCAGUUUCGGUGUACGUUAUCGACAGGCAAGCUUCUCAGCAGCAACCAUUACAAAUAUUAUUCAGCACACACAACAUACCAAAUCUCCGGAAUUUGCAUUCUACAGAAGUAGUCCGCGCUGCUGGGCCCGAAGAGGAUACCAUCGACGUCAUUUUAGGUCGUUUCCAACAAGCCGUUAGCGAACGCCGUCAUGACUCUCCUAUUUGUCUCAACAUCGCAAAAAUAUCUCUUAUCAUGAGGCUGCUUCGCUUCAUGAAAUACCGCCCGCUGUAUCUCUCUUCGGGGUGGAUGGCUCGAAACGAGGAGGUUCGUGCGGCCAGGCAAUAUAUCGCCGAGCUAAUACACGCAAAACCUAAAGAAGCCCGUCAGGGCCUUUUACAUGCCGCCCAUCUGUUUCGCAUAAUUCGCUCUCAGCGUCAAUUUGACCCCUUCGACUCCUUUAUACUACUUAUGGCUUCUCUAUACAUCUGGAAUUAUGAUCUACAUGCGGUCUCUCAUACUCCUCUGAAUGAAGGCAGAGAGGAAAUCCUCCGAAUCGACCAAACUUUGGAUGCAAAUUUACAGGAAAAAUGGAUUGUGGGCACACUUGGAAAGCGUACACAGCUUCAUAUCAGUGGAAUUGGGGUCCUCAAUGGCCAGAAUAGCAUGUCUCGCAUCUUCAAAGAAGCAGUGAGAAUUUUAGACCACGACAAAGCUUGGUCUCGCCAGGCUAAUGCUAUCAAACGGUCAUUGCAGCAAAUACUAAGAGGAGGUGCACCGUCAUUUACCGAUGAGGAAUCUGCGACGAAUGAAAAUGCUACUUGACGCUGGGAUUUGAGACAAAGGCUAACGAAUGGGCUUGCUGGCAAGCCAUUCCUACUUAGGAGUAUGCCAUCUCGAGGAAAAUCUUCAAAGUGAUCAGUACCAUGUCAGCCAGAAUAAUUGUCAUGGCCAGUCAUAGUCCACUUCCUAGUUACUCUGCUGUCAGUGAAUCCAUAAUCGCACUAGUGGCUGUCGCGUGCUUCAAAGCUAUAUAAGGCUUGGGUUAUUAUAACUCGCAAUGCCACAUUUACUCCUUGGCUUCCGGACUCAAGGUCUCAACUCGCAAACAGCUUCGCUGUCAGUUCCACUCAAUUGGAACAAGACAUACCGUAACCGGUAAGCGAAGCACAUUGAAGCCAGGUGCACAGUCUGGACGCCUUGAUCAAUAAUAAUUUCACUGACCACGAAAC